UGGGAUUGCACUCAGUCCAUUAAGACGCCAGGCUUAAGAAUCGCCUGUUGCUGAGCGUCUCUGCAGAACAGACGAUUCAGGCGCAGCGAGAAAAGGAACAAUGUCAGGACCAAGGCCCGUGGUGCUGAGUGGUCCCUCUGGGGCAGGGAAGAGCACCCUGCUGAAAAGGCUGAUGAAGGAUCACGAGGGAGUGUUUGGAUUCAGCGUGUCACACACAACAAGGAAUCCUCGACCAGGGGAAGAAGAUGGCAAAGGGCUGAACAAGCUCCCCAUGCUUCUGGGGGCUACUUUACUGCCUGUAGCAGACGUCUUUUCCUCUGAAACCUCAUUUUCGUGUCCAAACGAAUCAGAACACAAAGAUAAAGACUACCACUUCACAACGAGAGAGGCCAUGCAGGAAGGCAUCGACAACGGAGAGUUUAUUGAGAAUGCUGAGUUUUCUGGCAACAUGUAUGGAACAAGUAAAGCUGCUGUGGAAGAUGUACGAGCUAAGAAUCUGAUCUGCAUCCUCGAUGUGGAUAUCCAGGGGGUGAAGCGGAUUAAAGAGACUGAUCUGGACCCCAUCUACAUCUCCAUCCAACCUCCAUCCAUGGAGAUCCUGGAAAAACGCCUGAGAGACAGGCAGACAGAGACGGAGGAGAGUUUACAGAAACGUCUGGAGGCUGCACGCAUCGAUAUGGAGCUUAGUAAAGAGCCUGGCGUGUUUGACAUAGUUAUCAUCAAUGAUGACUUAGAGAAGGCCUACGAGGAGCUGAAAGAAAUCCUCAAUGAAGAAAUCAAGAAGGUCCAGGAGGCUAAAUGAACCAAAAUCAAUUACCCACUUGCUUUGCUGCUUGUGACUCUGAUCAGAAUAACUCUCCCAGAGAAUGAACACAACUAAAGAAAAGAG